AUGUAUGGCUGCAUCUCUUUUGGAAGGCCCAAUGUGUGUGCAGAGCGGGAAGUGAUGCUGGUUGCCCAAAGGCAGCCCUGUGUGCAGGCCUUCACACGCAUGGUCAAGAUCUGGAAGCAAGGCUGCCUAGGACAGAACUGGUGCAUGGGAUACGAGAGAAGGACAGCGUAUUACACAGCAUACAGACAAGUCUACAGACAAGACUACCAGACGGUUUACAAGUGCUGUCCUGGAUGGUCUCAACUCAACGGAGAGGCUGGCUGCUUGUAUCCGGUGUGCAGCUACGGCGUGUGCUUCAACGGGGGCCAGUGUCGACAGGGAUCCCGCUCCAGCUCCCAGCUCUGUGAUUGUCCUGCUGGCUUCAAUGGGCCCAGUUGCCAGUAUGAUGUAAAUGAGUGUGAGGAGACUAACGGCGGUUGUGAGGCUCUGUGCUGCAACACCAUCGGCAGCUUCUACUGCAAGUGUCCUUCUGGUGAGCAGCUGAAGGACGACGGCAGGACCUGCCAAGAUAUUGAUGAGUGCCAGGUCCACAACGGUGGCUGCCAGCACGGUUGCGUGAACUCCAGGGGCUCUUAUCACUGUGAAUGUAACCCAGGCUCUCGACUCCAUGUGGAUGGACGCACCUGCAUUGCUGUCCAAUCAUGUGGAAUCAGUAAUGGAGGAUGUGAGCAUUUCUGUGUACAGCAGUCCCUUGCUGCCUUCCGUUGCCGCUGUAGAGACAAAUAUGUGCUGGCUGAGGAUGGCAAGCACUGCAAAUUGGAGAAUCCAUGUCUAGAUAAGAAUGGUGGCUGCCAGCAUGACUGUCUUGUUGAUCGUGGCAAGGCCCACUGUGAAUGUAGAAAUGGGUACAAGCUGGCAGAGGACAGGAAGACCUGUGAGGAUAUUGAUGAGUGUGAGUCGGAGCAGACGGGCUGUGCUCAUGGCUGCCACAACACCCUGGGCUCCUUCGCCUGUGUGUGUGACACUGCCUACGAGAUGGGAGCAGACGGACGCCAGUGCUAUCGAAUUGAGAUGGAGAUCGUCAACAGCUGUGAGAGCAACACCGGAGGCUGCUCCCAUCACUGCCAGCACUCCACCGCCGGCCCUGUCUGUAGCUGUAACCAGGGUUACCGACUGGAGGAGGACCUCAAGACCUGUGUUGACCUGGACGAGUGUGGAGAGGGAAGCUCCUGCUGCGAGCAGGACUGUACCAACUACCCUGGGGGCUAUGAGUGCUACUGCACAGCGGGGUUCCGCCUCAACUCAGACAGAUGUAGCUGUGAUGAUGUGGAUGAAUGUCUGGCGGCUAACGGUGGCUGUGAUCACACGUGCCAGAACACCGCCGGCUCCUUCCAGUGUUUCUGCCGCCGAGGCUUUCGUCUGAACGAGGACCGACACUCCUGUGAACCACUGGAGAAUACAGUUGAGGCCCUGUAUAGUGGUGGCCAGGAUGCCGUGGGGCCCCUGCCUCAGCCUCAGCUCACCCUGCUGCAGGACUACAACCAGCCCCUGGAGCGCUAUGAUGACUAUGAGGAUGACGACGCUGGAGAGCUGCUGGCUGAGAGCAUGUUGGCAGAGAAAUUUGUGUGUCUGAACAACACGUUUGGCCAUGACUGCAGUCUGACCUGUGAGGACUGCUCUAACGGAGGGCUGUGUGGCCCAGGGAGAGAUGGAUGUCACUGUCCCGAUGGAUGGACAGGCCUCAUUUGCAACCAGACUUGUCCUGAAGGAUCCUUUGGCAAGAACUGCUCAUUUCCCUGUAAGUGUAUGAACGGAGCCACCUGUGAUCCUGUUAAUGGGAACUGUCGCUGCCCACCUGGCGUCAGUGGAGACAUGUGCCAGGAUGGCUGUCCUAAGGGCUUCUAUGGGAAACAGUGCAAUAAGAAGUGUAACUGUGCCUGUAACGGGCGCUGCCACCGCACCUACGGAGCCUGUCUGUGUGACCCUGGACUCUACGGGAGGUUCUGCCAUCUACCAUGUCCCAAGUGGGCCUUUGGACCGGGCUGUUCAGAGGAGUGUCAUUGUGUCCAACAGAACACUCUAGAGUGUCACCGUCGCCAUGGUACCUGCGUCUGCAAGCCCGGUUGGCAAGGCAAUGCAUGCAGGGAAGAGUGUGACCCAGGCACGUUUGGCCCAGGCUGUGGGAACAAGUGUGAGUGCCCGCUUGGACUGUCUUGUGAUCAUGUGACUGGGAAGUGCCAACGUCUGUGCCCGGCUGGUCUCCGUGGAGACACCUGUGAUCAAGCCUGUCCAGAGGGGAGGUUUGGGCCAGGCUGCCCUCAGGCCUGUGACUGCUCAGGGGCUCCAUGUGACAGAGUGAGCGGCCAGUGUCAGUGUCCUGCUGGAACAUCAGGAAAACGCUGUGAGAAUUUGUGUGUGGAGGGUUCCUGGGGCGCGGGCUGCCGUGAGGCCUGUCCAGUCUGUGAGAAUGGAGGAGUGUGUGACAAACACAACGGAACCUGUUCCUGUCCUCCUGGGUACAUGGGCAGGCUCUGUCAGAACUCAUGUCCAACAGGACGGUUUGGUGUUGGAUGCCAGCUGCGCUGCGUGUGUGAAAACAGCGGGCACUGCCACCCUGUCACGGGCCGUUGUACUUGUAACCCUGGCUGGGCAGGACAUAACUGCAGGAAAGCCUGUGACUCUGGGCGCUGGGGAGUGGACUGUGCUGAGAAAUGUGACUGUAAGAAUGGGGAUGGGAGCUGUGACGCAGUGACGGGCCAGUGUAACUGUGAGGCCGGCUACACAGGGACACAAUGCCAUGAAGAGUGUCCAGUGGGGUCUUUCGGUCUGGGCUGUCGGCAUCACUGCCAGUGUGACAACAAGGGGUCAUGUGACCAUGUCAGUGGAGCAUGCACCUGCCUGGUGGGCUGGACUGGAACCUUCUGUGAGAAACAAUGCCCAGUGGGCUUCUAUGGGGCAGACUGCCGUCAGCACUGCCUGUGUCAGAAUGGAGCCAAAUGUGACCGAAUCAAUGGGCAAUGUACCUGUGCCAACGGGUGGAUGGGUGCAGCCUGCGGGCUAGAGUGUGUAUCAGGGCGGUUCGGGGCCGACUGCCAGCAGCAGUGUCAGUGUGAGAACGGGGGCCACUGCGACAGACAGACGGGCCAGUGCAACUGUGGUCCUGGCUGGGUCGGAGAGCGCUGUGAAAAAGCCUGUGGGUCAGGCCUGUUUGGAGCUGGCUGUGAGGAGAGUUGUCAGUCCUGUUUACCUGGAACCUAUGGCAAGGGCUGUGUGCAACGCUGUACCUGUCCCCAGGGUACUUCCUGUCACCAUGUCUCUGGGGAGUGUGGCUGUCCCCCUGGACUCACUGGCAAUGGCUGUGAACAGACCUGUCUGUCAGGGACAUAUGGACUCAACUGUAACCAGGUGUGCCAGUGUUCUGAGACCAACCAGCUCUGCCACCCAGUGACUGGGUUGUGUUACUGCGCCCCAGGCUUCCAAGGUCCUAAAUGUAACCAGGAGUGUCAGAAAGGUUGGUAUGGUCCCGACUGUGAGCGAGAGUGCCAGUGUCAGAACAGUGGGAAGUGCAGCUCCACCUCUGGCACCUGUGAAUGCACAGCAGGGUUCAUCGGAGCACACUGCAACAUCACAUGCCCAGCUGGUCGUUAUGGGCAGGACUGUGCCCACGUGACACUGUGUGGAGAGGGGGCACAGAAUGAUCCUGUCACUGGCUGUGCUCCUGGUUGGUUUGGAGAGGACUGUGCUAUCCUCUGUAACUGCAGUAACGGAGGACUGUGUGACUCUGUCUCUGGAAGCUGUACCUGUGGUCUGGGCUGGACUGGGGCUCACUGUGACACAGAAUGUCCUCCGGGGACAUUUGGAGGUAACUGCCAGCUGAAGUGUGACUGCUGGAACAAUGGCACCUGUGACAGGGUGACUGGAACCUGCCAGUGUGGUCCAGGAUACUACGGACAUCAGUGUGAACAUGCAUGCCCCCCUGGUCUCCAUGGCCCUCUGUGCCAACUCCAGUGUAACUGUCUGAACAAGGCAUCCUGCAACCCCUCCACUGGGUUCUGUGUCUGUCCUCCAGGGUACCAUGGCUCCCGCUGUCACAGAGAGUGUCAACAGGGCACGUUUGGUGUGAACUGUGCCAAGUCAUGUGACUGUGAGGAGGGCACGCCCUGUGACCCUGUGAGUGGCAGGUGUCUGUGCACCUCAGGCAAGACUGGACCCAGGUGUGACAUUGCCUGCAAAGCAAACCGCUAUGGGCCAGACUGCACAGAGAGCUGUGUGUGUUACAACGCGGCUCACUGUGACCAUCGGAACGGCCGCUGCACAUGUCUCAACAGCUGGAUCGGACUCACCUGUCAGGAAGGGUCGACUGACAGCUCCUCCCCCUCUGUGUGGGUGUGUCCUCAGGUGGGCCUCCACGCCUCCCCUACAGAAGCAGGAGGGAGGAUAACGCACAUCUAG